CGGAACAUAGCAUCCUCAGCAUCUGUCACAUUUAUCACAUGAAAACGCCUAGUCUCUUUGUCAAUGCAUAUGAAGAUCCGAUAUCGUUAUGCGUUCUUAACGUUAUACACAUUGUAAUAAGUUGUCAAAGAGAAAUGGGUCGUUGCUGGCGAUUAUUUUAAAAAUUAAAUGUAGCUGUGUUUGCUGUCUUGAACACACCCCGCUGAGUAUCUCGAUAUUGUUCAAGGGGAAUAAUGGCUGCACAAGAGCCGUCUCCACCAUCUUCCCUGGAAGGCAACAAACCGGGCUUCCCUAAGAAAAUUCUGGCCAACAACCUGGAAGACAAGCAUUUGUGCAAUUCGUGCCAGAAAAUCUUGAGAAGGCCCCUGCAAGCUCAAUGUGGUCACCGCUUUUGUUCGUUCUGUUUCAACAAAAUUGUGAGUUCUGGACCACAGAAAUGCAGUGCUUGCAUCAAAGAAGACUUGUUUGAGGAACCCACCUCCAUUCUCAAGCAAGGCGGUGCCUUCCCUGACAACGCAGCUCGGAGAGAAGUGGAGGCCUUGGCAGCUGUCUGUCCCAACGAAGGAUGCACGUGGACGGGAACUAUCAAAGAGUUUGAGGCCAGUCAUGAGGACAACUGUGACUUCAUGAUCAUCCUGUGCCCCUCCUGCAAAGAGCUGAUGAGAGCCAAUGAGCAGGAGCGGCACAACGAGAGAGAAUGUCCAGAGAGGACGCUCAACUGUAAAUACUGCAAAGAGCCCUUCCUGCUAAAGAACAUCAAGGCUCAUGAUGAAAUCUGUCCAAAGUACCCGAUGAUUUGUGAAGGUUGUGCAAAGAAAAAGAUCCCGAGAGAAAAGUAUGUGGACCAUAUUAAGUUCUGCAGUAAAUUUAAAGCUCCAUGCAGAUUUCAUGUUGUUGGCUGCGAUACGUCUGUGGAGAGGGAGAAGAUCCAUGACCAUGAGCGGCAGUGUUCGUAUGAACAUCUCAACCUGCUCCUGCAUUUCAUCAUGGGCAUAAAGGUGAGCCUGGAGAGCCUGCAGCCCCAGAGCCUGGAGGCAGCCAGCCACAAGCUGCAGGAGCUGCACCAGUCCCUCAGGGAGCUGGAGGUCAAGAUGAACCAGCUGGGUGGGGGAGGGGCUGCGGCUUCCGUGCAGGGUGCAUGCGCCCCGACCCUGGCCACCUCCUUCACCCCGCUGCCCAGCGGCGUUGGCGCUGCGCUAGAGCUGCAGCUGCAGAGCGAAAAGACCAAGGUGGCUGAGCUGAGCCGCCGCUGCCAGGAGCUGGAGCUCAAAGUGAGCACGUUUGAGAACAUCGUCUGCGUCCUCAACCGAGAGAUGCAGCGCUCCUGCACCACCAUGGAGGCCUACAACCGCCAACACCGACUGGACCAGGACAAGAUUGAGAUCCUCAACAACAAGGUCCGUCAGCUGGAGAGGACGGUGAGUCUGAGGGACCUGUCCAUCGUGGAGAUGGAGGGGAAAAUGAGGGAGAUGUCUGCUGCCACAUACGACGGCAUCUUUGUGUGGAAGAUCUCGGACUUCACCAAGAAGAGGCAGGACGCCGUGGCCGGCCGCGCGCCUGCCAUGUUCUCCCCUGCUUUUUAUACCAGUAAAUACGGCUACAAGAUGUGCCUGAGGAUCUACCUGAACGGUGACGGGACGGGCCGCGGCACACACCUGUCUCUCUUCUUCGUGGUGAUGAGGGGACACAGCGACGCACUCCUCAAGUGGCCUUUCAACCAGAAGGUCACCCUCAUGCUGCUCGACCAGAACAACAGGGAGCACAUUAUCGACGCCUUCCGGCCCGACAUCUCCUCCUCGUCCUUCCAGAGGCCCGUCAGCGACAUGAACAUCGCCAGCGGCUGCCCGCUCUUCUGUCCACUCUCCAAGCUGGACUCUAAGAACUCUUACAUACGCGACGAUACCAUCUUCAUCAAGGCCAUCGUAGACCUCACUGGGCUCUAGAUAAAGGACAUGGGCUUUUUGUCACGACUAACCGUCGACUAAAUGCCAGUUACCGUCAGCAGUAACUGGCAUUUGUCUAGUUCUGUUGGUUUGGAUGUGGCUCGUUGGAGGGAAAACACAAGACCUGAGCAGGAAGCUGACUUUAUUUUGGCCAGUGGCUCUUCAUAACACUCUGUAACUUAGUUUUAUUUGACUAAACAUUGAUUACGUACCAAAGUGACUGGAACACAGUAUCUGUCUGGUGACAGGUGUUCAUGUCCCACCCUGCAGAAGACCCUCCAACAGAUACAAGCUUUCCAUUGUGUCCCAUGUAAUGCGUGUGAAGUCCUGCGGCUUCAUGUACAUUACAGGAUUUUUACAUGGAUUUUAUGUCCAUUCACAUUGUUGUUUCUUGCUGCAGGUACAUACGGUCCAAACAGUUAUUGCUGCUAGUUGCUAGUUAUGUUCCAAAGUAACUGGGCCUUAACUAGUAUCUAGCAUCACUAGCAUAACUCAAAUCCAAAUAAUCCAUGCUGCAUUCAUCUUUUUUGGCCACUCAGGCUUCCCUCAACCACAAGUGAAGGUGACAUGUUUUCCUGUUUUAGUGAGUUGUGUCUCUGUCAUCCUCAUGAAUGAAAGUUCAACAUUGUCUCCUUUUUAGCUCCAGCAGCUCCUGAGGGACACACCUGGCUCUUGAGCUUGGUAGAUGAUCCACCAUGGACAUCAGCUAGUCUCUAAUCUGAUCUGUGUGUAGGUAGUGGUGUACAAUUGGCUUAUCAGAGCGUCCUCACUGCAAACGCCUGCAGGCGGCUUUAACAACAAGCUGGAUGAGAGUGAUCGGAACAAGGAGCUGAAGGAGCUGCAGAGCUCUCUGUGGGUCUGUCACUGUGAGAGACUCCUGUCUCGCUGCAUGCAGGCCUUCAGCCCACUGUUGAUAUAAAACACUGACGGAGCAGCAGUUGAACUACAGAAUGAUGCAAACGGUAUCUUUGUUCUCUGAUUUCCACCUGGGUUUUGUAUUUUUGUAUUGCUAAAGUUUGACAUUUCAAACCCCAAUACAUUUCCAAAUUUAGUUUUGAAAUGAAGAACUGAAAACAAUGAGGCUGAGAGCAGUGACAGAGUUGCUUUGUAGAUUAAAGAGCCUGCACGGGCAGCGAAAGAUGUGCUCACCGUUCUGCUUGAUGUGUCUUUUGCAUUUACAACGUGGAGUUCUAAUAACAGAGUGACGGCCGUGUAGCCUUCAGUGUAUCGGUCAUCUGCACACAGUCUGCUGUUACUUACCUCGCUGUGUGUGUGUGUGUGUGUGUGUGUGUGUGUGUGUGUGUGUGUGUGUGUGUGCGUGCGCGUGCGCGUGCAGAGGGAGACCAUCCUGAGGCAGUGUGAUGGGCAGCGAUGGUCGUCAAGCUGAUGAAAUAAGUCAUAUUUUAUUAAAAAUAAAACGUAUAUUUGCAUACAAGGUGUGACAGACCCAGUAAAUAUCUUUUGAUAUUAAACUUAGGUUUUUUGCAAUAUUUUUUGUCUGCAUAUUAACACUUUUAUUUGACCAUUUUAAGGAUGUAAUUAGUUUCAUUGUAGCAGUUUAUUAUUGGAUAUACUUGUGCAGUGAUUUUGUACAUAUGUACCUUCAUGAGAGGUAUACAAAUAUGUCCUGUGUCUUCACAAAGGAUCAAUUAGUUUUCUACAGUUCUAUUGUUGCCUAAUCGUGUUGGUAAUGUACACACAGAGCAUGGGGCUGUACAUUAAUGUUGAUGGCGGAUCAUUUGCUGGGUAUUUGUCUGUCCUCCUCUCGUGAACCCUUCAGGGCUCAGGUGUUGUGACAUGCACUGAAGCCUGAGGCAGAUCAUGUGUUUCUCUCUAUAACCACAAACAUCCAAAUACAUUCUGACUAAGUGAUUACAUUUCAGCUUUCACAUUUGAAUAUAAGUGCAUCAUUGGAGUGUGUCAGCCGUGUGUAACAUUAGUGAAUGCAGAAAGGAUGCUCUGCCUCUGUGAAGACACUGACUUAUAUUUCCAUGUGUGUAUCCUGUGGCUGACGUGUGAAGGCUUCAGGAUGGAAGCUAUUAAGAGAGGAAGUGCUUGAUAUUAUUGUAAUAUUUUCCUAUUUUUGGCUUUCCGUACAGAUAUGAGCUGACCUACUUUUUACAGAAAAAGAAGUGCCUGUACCUUUUUAUGUUCCAUGUGCUUUCCUGUGAGUUUAAACUUACCAAAAUGUGAAACGUGUGAUUUUGUACAGUGUAUCUUUAAUUUGUAUUUUCAUUGUUAUCCCUUUAUGAAGCACCUUUUGUGAACCCAUCGAUGUGAUGAAAUCUAUGUGACUAAGAAUGUAGUGAAUGUUCCAGUUUUCCUUUAUAGAAUCACUGAGGUCAGAAUAUGAUCAGCAUCUUCAUCCAAACACAUCCGCCAGGCUUUUAAACCUCAGUCUCAACAAAUACCUGAGGCUCUCUGUGCAUGAGACGUUUCAGCAGGAACAAAUGCAUAUUGUGAUUUUAUGAUGGUAUAUACAGCAUACUGUCAUAGUGUGAUAUCUUUUUAGUACACGCGUUGAGUUUGAGGCAUGUGUUGCUGUGAAUAAGUGAAACAUAUCUGAGUAAUAUAUAUAUAGAUUGUAUUUAUUGAAGAAGUAAGCUCUCCUGUGUGUUGAGACGGUUUAAAAGCAUGUUUGGUGAGUUUGUAAAAAGAUGGCGUCUGACCUCAUGCUGAUGUGUCCUCCUUUCUUUCCUCUUAACAAGAUGUUGUCAACAUUAUGGAGAAUGCAUUGUGCAUGUUCGACUGUGCUCUCCAAUAAAUGAGCUGCUACAUGUGUUGGGCGCUGUGUGCUGCAGCCGAGCAGCACUGUGCGGAUGUUUCUCUUUCUCUUUCUUGUAAAAUGUGUUCCCUGAUGUGGGCUGGGACUGCUUUCUUAUUCAUAGCUGGUGACUAUAACAAAAGGGCUUCAGAUUUAAUUUCCAUCUGCUAAAUGUCAUCUAAAGGCAUACAAACGCGUGAUGAACCUUCUCCAGACUCCAGCCGGGGAGCCAUAUCUCAUCUGAGCGGUUGAUGUUAUGCUGUAUCAGCGAUAUUGACUCGUAGGAAAUGCCACACUGCCUCACUGUUCUUGCAACAGAAUAAACAAUAUGUCAAUGUGAUGUAUGUAUUUCAGUCAGACUGAAACCUUUUCUUUACAUAUCUAUUUCUCUGUGUAUGGCCCAUGUUGAGAUUAAGAUGAAGAGCUUUCAUCUGUAGCAAUGACAUCAAACUGCAAUCUGCUUGUUGUUCUCUCUGCUACGCUGUGUGAUCGUAACUCGUGUGUUCGUGAACUCUUUGUACUACCGGAAAUUUGUUCCAUAUUUGUAUUUAGUUUAGUUUUAUUAAAGGUUUUAAGAUUCCCUCUA